UUUAAUGGAGCAAACCACUGGAACGAGUUCUCUGGCUCUCAUUUGUCAUUCCUGUCUUUCUCUUCUUGCUCUGUAUGGAGGUCUCAUUCUCACUCUCUUCCUCCCUUCGUAUAUCAGCUACAUCUCCUUACUGUGAGACGUCCUCCCGCUAUAGAAAGAUACCCAGUAAGCCCAACUGUAAAAUUUUCGGCUUGCCACUGAAUCAUUCCAAAAAAUUGUCUUCAACUGUGUUGUAUGAUCACAGAUCCAGCUCAACAACUGUUUCAUACAGAAAUUACAAGCGUAAUUACACCUGGGCCUGCACUAAAAUUGGUGCUGCUGGAUCUGAUCCUGUUUCAAAGAAAAUUUCCGAGUUCAAAGAUGCAUUCUGGAGAUUUCUAAGACCCCACACGAUACGUGGAACAGCAUUGGGGUCUACUUCUUUAGUAGCAAGAGCUUUAAUUGAGAACUCAAAUUUGAUAAGGUGGUCUCUAGUGUUGAAGGCCCUUUCUGGUCUUCUUGCUCUAAUAUGCGGCAAUGGCUAUAUAGUGGGCAUCAAUCAAAUAUAUGAUAUUGGAAUUGACAAGGUAAACAAGCCUUAUUUACCUAUAGCUGCAGGAGAUCUUUCAGUUCAGUCUGCAUGGUUUUUGGUGUUACUUUUUGCAGUGACUGGCCUUUUAAUUGUUGGGAUGAACUUCGGUCCAUUCAUUACUGCCCUCUAUAGUCUUGGCCUUUUCCUUGGCACUAUCUAUUCUGUUCCCCCAUUUCGAAUGAAGAGGUUUCCUGUUGUAGCAUUUCUUAUAAUUGCCAUGGUGCGAGGUUUUCUUCUUAAUUUUGGCGUAUAUUAUGCCACAAGAGCUGCAUUGGGACUUACAUUUGAAUGGAGCUUACCUGUGGCUUUCAUCACAACUUUUGUGACAUUGUUUGCGCUGGUCAUUGCCAUAACUAAAGAUCUUCCAGAUGUAGAGGGGGAUCGUAAGUUUCAGAUAUCUACUUUGGCAACAAAGCUCGGCGUUAGAAACAUUGCAUUCCUUGGUUCUGGGCUUUUGUUAUUAAAUUAUAUUGGUUCUGUAUCUUUAGCAGUCUACAUGCCCCAGGCUUUCAGGCGCAGCUUGAUGAUCCCUGCACAUACCAUCUUGGCAUUGAGUUUAAUUUUCCAGACAUGGUUAUUGGAAGAAGCAAAUUAUACCAAGGAGGCAAUUGCAGGGUUCUACCGGUUUAUAUGGAAUCUCUUUUAUGCUGAGUAUAUCAUGUUCCCUUUCAUCUAAUAAAGUUGUUACUUUCAACUUUCAAGUUGUAUGGUUCUGUUGGUGUCAGGAAUGCACUCCCAAGCAACCGCAGAUUAAGAGCAUUAGAGUACACACAGGCCUUGCUAUGAUAGUCAGUCAGUCAAUUCCUGAUGUUGUAUUUUAUAAAUUGCUUACACUCAUAUUAAAACACUGAUUACUCCAUACUGAAUCAAUCCCAGAAAGAGAGAAGCGGUUGUUCUUGUUGGUUGCGCAAUAUGGUUUUUCCAUUAUAUGAACUGCUUAUUGUCUCAACAUGUAGUAGGGAUUGGAUAGGGUGGUGUAACAGCUUCUUGUGUAAAAUGUUUUCAUCAACCGAAUUUUAAAUUUUGAUGCA